AUGAAUACUGUGGGAAGCACUAUUGACGGGGAAACAGUGAAGUUGAGAUCCUCUCAAGGCGAGGUCUUUGAUGUUCCGACCAAUGUCGCAUGUAUGUCGAAUCUAAUCCAGAAUAUGGUAGAGGAUGGCGGUGUAGAUGAGGAGAUACCCUUACCUAAUGUUAAGACUGCUAUAUUGGCUAAGGUGAUCGAGUAUUGCAAGCACCAUGAGAGCAAUCCACCCGACGAGAUAAGCAAACCAUUGAAGUCUACUAACUUGGCAGAAUGUGGUGUCAGUGAUUGGGACUGUGAUUAUGUCAACAUCGAGCAGGAGAUGCUGUUCGAGCUCAUCCUGGCUGCCAACUAUAUGGACAUCAAGCCUCUACUCGAUCUAACGUGUGCUAAGGUUGCAUCGAUGAUCAAGGGGAAGACUACCGAGGAGAUUCGUCAGCAGUUUAACAUCGUUAACGACUUUACGCCCGAGGAAGAAGCACACUUACGUGAGGAGAAUAAAUGGUGCGAAGAUGCAUAG